GAGAAAACAGCUGCAAUUCCAGUGACACGGAGCAAAACCGUCACCAACUCGUGUCGUCCGACCAACAUAACAUAAUGCACAGUGGYAGCUGCGGGGGCGUUGGUGGUGGAGGAAACGCUGGAGGAGGUGGAGGAGUAGGGGGCGGAAUAGGAGCUGGUGGUGGAGUUGGAGGCCCACCUCAACAGCGUAGAUCAGCCGACAUUGAUGAUAUGAGCGGCGGUGGGUGCGGCGAUAGCAGCGACGGCGAACCGGACGAUGAGCAACUAUCCGGUGGCCGAGCGAGCACGUCACCCGCGGCCGCGGCCGGUGGUAUGUCGCCGCCUGACAAGAAAAAGCACCGCCGGAACCGCACCACAUUCACCACCUAUCAGCUGCACGAGCUGGAGCGAGCGUUCGAGAAGUCUCACUACCCGGACGUGUACAGCCGUGAAGAGCUGGCCAUGAAGGUCAACUUGCCGGAAGUCAGGGUCCAAGUGUGGUUCCAGAAUCGAAGGGCCAAGUGGCGCAGACAGGAGAAGAUGGAGGCGGCAAGGCUGGGCCUGAACGACUACGUGCACUCGACGAUGACCGGUUCGCUUAGCCGUAUGCCCGGGUCCAGCCUGGCACUGCCUGUCGACCCGUGGCUAUCACCGCCGCUGCUGUCCGCGCUUCCAGGUUUCUUGUCGCACCCGCAGACGGGUUACCCGAGCUACCUGACGCCACCGGUGGUGCACUGCGGGCCGCCGUCGUCCGCACAGAAGUCGCCGCCAUCACCGCAACAACAGAUCACCAUCGCCACGCCACCGUCGUCUUCGUCGCUGUCCACGUCUUCAUCGUCCGCGGUAUCUACUGCCGAUCCCAGGACAUCGUCUAUAGCUGUGCUCAGGCUCAAGGCAAAGGAGCACGUGGAGUCCAUCACGAAAGGCAUGCAAAUGGUCUAAGAGCCCCCUCCCCCCUCCCCCAGCGAUACUUAUGUACCCAGGUGUAGGUGCCAUCGUAACAAGCGAAUAAUAACAACAAUAAUAAUAAUUAUUAUUAUUAUAUGAAGUCCCUGAUUCAUAUACGAAACAAUUUGCUAAGUAUAUACUUAUUUAUGGAUAUGUACAAAAUACCAAAAAACACUACAACAAUGAUAAAUGACAAAAUACUCAUAUAUUUAUAUUAUAUAUAAACUAAAUUUGAAUAUUAUUACAAAAAAAAAUUAUACCAAUCAAAUGAACAACUAGUUUUUAAAUUGGAAACAUCUGUGGUCUUUUAUUUUGAACAAAUCCUUAAUAUUUUCACGAUUUUGUUCAAUGUUUAAGUUUUGUUCUAUAAUACGCAACUUCAUAAUAUCUACGCUAUUAAGCGGCACUUAAUGCUUCCAAUAUAAUAUUUUUCUUCCAACUGCCGAAAAUAUAUCAAGUAAGUUAAGAAUAUAUAUGGUCGUAUAUACAUGUAAUAUAUCUAUAAAAUAAAAAUUAAUAAUAAG